AUGUCGCUUUUCAUUUUGACCGAAACCAGCGCGGGUUACGCCCUGCUGAAGGCCAAGGACAAGAAGCUCUUCAAGAACGAGCUGCCUGAGGAGAUCAGCACUGCUGAGGGUGUCUCGAGCCUGUUCAAGCUCAAGGAAUUCCAGAAGUUCGACAGCGCUGCUACCGCCGUGGAGGAGGCUGUUUCUAUUAGCGAGGGCAAGGUUACCCCCCGUCUUGCGUCGCUCCUGGACCGUGUCAAGGACGAGAAGAAGGUUUCCCUGGCCGUUGCUGACCCCAAACUCGGAAACUCAAUUGGAAAGCUCCCUGGCCUGUCCAUCGAAUGUAUCGCCGACAACAAAACCAACGAUGCCUUCCGUGCCAUUCGUGAAAACCUCACCUCACUUAUCCCCGGCCUGGCGCCCAGCGAUAUGUCUGCCAUGUCCCUUGGUCUUUCUCACUCUCUUGCUCGCCACAAGCUGAAGUUCUCCCCGGAUAAGAUUGACACCAUGAUCGUUCAGGCCAUCGGCCUUCUGGACGACCUGGACAAGGAGCUCAACACUUAUGCCAUGCGUGUUAAGGAAUGGUACGGCUGGCACUUUCCGGAGCUGGCUAAGAUUCUGAAUGACAACAUUGCUUACUCUAAGCUUGUCCUGAAGAUGGGCAUGCGCACCAACUGGGAGACCGUCGAUCUUUCCGAGAUCCUGCCCGAGGAGAUUGAGGGUGCCGUCAAGUCCGCGGCGGAUCGCUCCAUGGGUAGCGAGAUCAACCCCGAGGAUCUCGAGAACAUGCAAGCGCUUGCCACCCUUGUCGUUGGUCUCAACGAGUACCGUCAGGAGCUCGCUGCCUACCUGACUUCCCGCAUGAACGCCAUUGCCCCUAACCUGACUGCUCUUGUCGGUGAGCUUGUUGGUGCCCGUCUUAUUGCUCACGCUGGUAGUCUGUCCAGCCUUUCUAAGAGCCCUGCUUCUACCAUCCAAAUUUUGGGUGCCGAGAAGGCCCUUUUCCGUGCCCUGAAGACCAAGCACGAUACCCCGAAGUACGGUCUGAUCUACCACGCUUCCCUGAUUGGCCAGGCCACUGGUCGCAACAAGGGAAAGAUGGCUCGUAUCCUGGCCGCCAAGGCCUCGCUGGGUCUCCGUGUGGAUGCUCUUGCUGAGUGGGAUGAUGAUGUUACCGAGGAGGACAAGGCCGCUCUCGGUACCGAGGCCCGCUUCAACCUUGAGCGCAAGCUUGCUGCUAUGGAGGGCAAGCCCAUCAAGCCCCGUGGUACUGCUAUUGCCCCCAACGGUGCCCCGGCUCAGAAGUUCGACCUGAAGGAGGCUCGCAAGUACAACGCCGAUGCUGAUGCACUGGCUGAGGAGGAGCCUUCCCCCGCCAAGAAGGACAAGAAGUCCAAGAAGGAAAAGAAGCUGGUGCAGGAGGUUGAGUCCGACGAAGAGAUGGCUGAUGCCGAUUCCGACGACGAGUCUUCAGCAGACGGUACCGACACCGAGCUGGAGAAGAUGGCCAAGAAGGCUGGCCUCAGUGUCAAGCGUUACCAACGCAAGCUCGAACGCGGUGAAAUCACCUUCGAUGCCUCUGGCAACCCCUCAGCGGUUAGCAAGAAGGAUAUGAAGAAGGCUAAGAAGGAAUCCAAGAAGGCCAACAAAGAGGACGGCAAGAAGCGCAAGCGCUCCGACGACGCUGAUGACGAGAAAAAGAAGAAGAAGAAGAACAAGGGCGAGUAA